AUGAGCUCCUUGAGCUGGCGGAGCCUGGCUCCCGCAUCUAAGAUUUCCCGCGCCUUGAGGGAUCAGAGACGUCUUUUUUCCUCCUCCCGCCCUGCUGCCCGGAUCUUUGGCAACGGACCCCUGCGCGCCAAGGAGGCCAAUGGCUACAUUUCCGACAAGUACCCCGUCAUUGACCACGAGUACGAUGCCGUCGUCGUCGGUGCCGGUGGCGCUGGUCUCCGUGCCGCUUUCGGUCUCGCCGAAGCUGGCUUCAACACCGCCUGUGUCUCUAAGCUUUUCCCUACGAGAAGUCACACUGUCGCCGCUCAGGGUGGUAUCAACGCUGCUCUUGGAAACAUGCACGAGGAUGACUGGAGGUGGCACAUGUACGACACCGUCAAGGGUUCCGACUGGCUUGGUGACCAGGAUGCCAUUCACUACAUGACCAGAGAGGCUCCUGCUAGUGUUCGUGAGUUGGAGGGCUACGGUUGCCCCUUCUCCCGUACCGAGGAUGGUCGUAUCUACCAGCGUGCUUUCGGUGGUCAGUCCAAGGAGUUCGGGAAGGGUGGCCAGGCCUACCGUUGCUGUGCCGCCGCUGACCGUACCGGCCACGCCCUUCUCCACACUCUCUACGGACAGUCUCUCCGCCACAACACCAACUACUUCAUCGAAUACUUCGCCCUCGACCUUCUGAUGGAGGAUGGUGAGUGCCGUGGUAUCAUCGCCUACAACCAGGAGGACGGUACCCUCCACCGCUUCAAGGCUCACCACACCGUCCUGGCCACCGGUGGUUACGGACGUGCCUACUUCAGCUGCACUUCUGCCCACACCUGUACCGGUGACGGUAUGGCCAUGGUUGCCCGUGCCGGUCUUCCCAACCAGGAUCUGGAGUUUGUCCAGUUCCACCCCACUGGUAUCUACGGUGCCGGAUGUCUGAUCACUGAGGGUUCCCGUGGUGAGGGUGGUUACCUGCUUAACUCCGAGGGUGAGCGUUUCAUGGAGCGUUACGCUCCCACUGCCAAGGAUCUGGCUUCCCGUGACGUCGUCUCUCGUUCCAUGACCCUCGAGAUCCGUGAGGGCCGUGGUGUCGGUCCCGAGAAGGACCACAUCUACCUCCAGCUCAGCCACUUGCCCGCCGAGCUCCUUCACGAGCGUCUGCCUGGUAUCUCCGAGACCGCCUCCAUCUUCGCCGGUGUCGAUGUCACCAAGCAGCCCAUCCCUGUCCUGCCCACCGUCCACUACAACAUGGGUGGUAUCCCCACCAAGUACACCGGUGAGGUUCUGAGCGUUGACGAGAACGGCCAGGACAAGGUUGUUCCUGGUCUGUAUGCUUGUGGUGAGGCCGCCUGUGUGUCCGUCCACGGUGCCAACCGUCUGGGUGCCAACUCUCUUCUCGACCUGGUCGUCUUCGGUCGUGCCGUCUCCCACCGUGUCCGUGAUAUCGCCACCCCUGGCAAGGCCCACCGUGAGUUGGCCUCCGAUGCCGGUGCCGAGUCCAUCAAGGACCUCGACUUUGCCCGCAACGCCGACGGCCCCAAGUCUACUUUCGAGAUCCGCAACGCUAUGCAGAAGACUAUGCAGACUGAUGUCAGCGUUUUCCGUACCCAGGAGAGUUUGGAUGAGGGUGUUGAGAAGAUCACUGCUGUCGACAAGCUGUACGACCAGGUUGGCACCAAGGACCGCAGCAUGAUCUGGAACUCCGACCUUGUUGAGACUCUUGAGCUCCGUAACCUGUUGACCUGCGCUACUCAAACCGCCAUUGCUGCCGCUAACCGCAAGGAGUCCCGUGGUGCCCACGCCCGUGAGGACUACCCCGAGCGUGACGACGAGAACUGGAUGAAGCACACUCUCACCUGGCAGAAGAAGCCCCACGGUGAGGUCAAGCUGGGUUACCGUGCUGUUGAGCACAAGACCCUGGACGAGAACGAGUGCAAGCCUGUGCCUCCGUUCAAGCGUGUGUACUAA